GUUGGAAUGGGUCACGGCUUUGUUCAACAGAGGGGAGGGCUGACGGCUACAGUCGCUAAAAGUGUAAAAUACAAUCAGCCGGGCGAACUAUCCUGUCAUAUCUCUGUGUAGCUGUGUUGCAACGUAACUUCCAGAUAUUUGUUUCUCCUGGACUCGAAGGAUUUCGUCUAAGGGAUGUCAAAGCGAGUGCGAAGCAGAGAGGUCUGCGCUGAUUGCAGUGCUCCGGAACCUCGCUGGGCCUCUGUUAACAGGGGUGUGCUGAUCUGCGAUGAGUGCUGCAGCAUCCAUCGAGGUCUUGGGAGACACAGCUCUCAAGUCCGACAUCUGACUCAUUCUCCGUGGCCACACUCACAGCUGCAGAUGGUUCAAACACUGUAUGGCAAUGGAGCUAAUUCCAUAUGGGAGCACAGUCUUCUGGAUCCUUCCUCUUCAGUGAGUGGGAAACGCAAAGCCAACCCACAGGACAGAGUGCAUCCUAAUAAGACAGAGUUCAUCAAGGCAAAAUAUCAGAUGCUGGCGUAUGUACAUCGGAUGCCUUGUCGGGAGGAUGACAGUGUGACUGCAAAAGACCUCAGCAAGCAACUUCAUUCCAGUGUCCGUACUGGGAACCUGGAGACCUGCCUUAGACUCUUAUCUUUAGGAGCUCAGGCUAACUUCUUUCAUCCAGAGAAGGGAAACACCCCACUACACAUAGCAGCAAAAGCAGGUCAAAUAUUACAAGCGGAGCUAUUGGCAGUUUAUGGAGCUGAUCCUGGGGCGCUGGACUCGAGUGGGAAGACCCCCAUUGAUUAUGCAAGACAAGCUGGGCAUCAGGAGCUGGCAGAGAGACUAGUGGAGAUCCAGUAUGAACUCACUGACCGGCUAACAUUUUACCUUUGUGGACGAAGACCAGAUCACAGAAAUGGGCAACACUUCAUCAUUCCUCAGAUGGCAGACAGAAAUAACAGCCUGGAUUUGUCAGAGUUUGCAAAAGCUGCAAAGAAGAAGCUGCAGUCGCUAAGCAACCAUCAGUUUGAAGAGCUGGCCAUGGAUGUUUAUGAUGAAGUCGACAGAAGAGAAACGGAUGCAGUGUGGCUGGCCACUCAGAACCACAGCACGCUGGUAACAGACACCACAGUUGUGCCUUUUCUGCCUGUCAAUCCUGAGUACUCAUCUACCAGAAACCAGGGUCGUCAGAAAUUGGCAAGAUUUAGUGCUCACGAAUUUGCCACACUGGUCAUCGAUAUUCUAACAGAUGCUAAGCGACGGCAGUGGGGUAAUUCCUGUGAAAGUCCCAAAGAUAAUGUGGAGUUGAUCCUUCAGGGAAUAGACGGUCACCACAACAGUGAGGGCCAAGAUAAUGACCAGCCAGAUUACGACAGUGUGGCAUCAGAUGAAGAUCCGGUCCAAGAGGCAACGUGUGGAGACAGCUGCAAUGAUGGAAGGACCAAGAGCUCAGAGUCUUCUGAUCUGUCUGAUGGACCAAUCACAGUGCAAGAAUUUAUGGAGGUGAAGAGCGCCCUCACUGCAUCAGAAGCCAAAAUACAACAGCUUCUGAAAGUCAACUGUCACCUUAGUGAAGAGCUACGUUUGAUGCAGAGCAAGCUGAAUUCCCUGCAGACUGAAAACACAACACUGCGAUGGCAAACCCCCAGCGGACAGCAACAACCCCAGGGCCUCUUUGGUCGACAGCAACCUCGCGGAGGCCGCGCCAGGUCCAUGUAUGAGACAGGCUCUACUCCAAGGCAGUACCCCCACCGAGUUGACACAGCUCGGCAUGACGAUGGAGUCAUUUUACAACCCUUCCCUACCAAUAUUGGUAGGGGUCCUUUGGGGACGGCUGCUUCCUCCCUUCCUACCUUCCCCUCUUCCCUCUCCUGGUCGUGGGAUGAGAGAUCUCGAAGGGGCUGUAGUCUGGAAGGACAGAGUACAGUGCUGGAGAAUGACUAUGACACUACACCCAAUCACUCUGAAAUGGAGGAGAGUGGCAGCCCUCUUGCUGCCUCUGAAGCAGCCCACCAGCAGGAGGAGGGCGAGGAGGAUGCCACCCUGCCUUGCACAGAGGACGUCAUCUGUAAGACGGAGCAGAUCACUAAGAACAUCCAGGAGCUUCUGAGAGCUGCUCAGGAGACCAAACAUGAAAGCUUUCUGCCUUGCUCUGAAAAAAUCUGCAUGGCUGUGACAGAGAUGGCUGCCCUGUUUCCCAAGAGGCCGUCCUCAGAGACAGUGCGAGGGUCUCUGUGUCUGCUGACUUCAAGCGCUAGCCGGCUCCACAGAGAGUGCCAGAAGGCCGCAGAACACAACCUCAGCCCGUCAGACAUCCAGCUGGUCACUCAGCAGGUCAUUCAGUGCGCCUAUGACAUAGCCAAAGCUGCCAAACAACUUGUUACUGUGACAACCAAAGAAAACAACAACUAAUUAAACUCCAAAGACACUCCCAAUGCGCCAAACAUACAGCAUAUAAAUGAUGUUAAUCAAUGGUUUCCCUUUCCCCCCCAUAUUAAUCAGUGUAAGCUUUUGUGUACAUUCCUAGAGGUGGAGAAAAAAAUAUAACAUGCAAAAUCAUAGCUCAAUCAAAAGCUUUAUUUAUUUUGUUUUUAUACCAUGGUAAUAAAAAGUGUGUAUAUAUACAGGGGGGGGGGAAACUACUUGUUCUUUACCUCACAGAUUGAAUCUAUUCAGUUUCCAGAAGUGCAGUGUUGCCUGUGUAUAUAAAAGCAAUUAGAACAAACAGUUUUGCAUUAUCCGUUUCCUUCUAGAGGACACCAUCAGUCAUUAGCUGUGCUCACUGAGGUCCGCUUUCUGGUACUCAUAGACGAUCAAGUCUUACCUAGCAGCAAUGAUCAGAACAGAUGAGCUACUCCAAUCACAAUGUUUGUUUUUCUUUAAGAGGCAGUUACAGUGUUCAUUGUUCUUGAAUCAUUGUGGUGUUGCUUGCUUAAAGUUCAAUUGUUUGUUCAGUAAGCCAACUGUGAUUAUAAAAGCAGCUUCAGUGUAUCGAGCACCGUGUGAGUGUCCAGACUUUCAGCCCAUCCAGCAACUCCAGCAGUUUCAGUCCAUCUGCGGGUUGAAACAAUGUUUAUAAGUAAAGUAUCAAUAGUUUUUUGGGGUUUUUUCUUUUUCUUUUUUGAGUUAUAAUGUUACAGCCAUACUUAAGAUGUUCUGUGUGUGUGUGUGUGUGUGUGUGUGUGUGUGUGUGUG